CUUUCGUUUCUCCCUCGACUUUGCUUUGGUGCGUCUCCUCUGGCUCCAGUGCAGGAAGAGAGAGAGAGAGAGAGAGAGAGAGAGAGAAGGGCGGGCGAAGCGUUUCUGCUGGGGGUUUCCGCCGGUUUUUCCCGGAUGGGUAAACAGAUCCCCGACGUCUGCGGGCCCCUGUCUCCAAAGGCGAAACUGCAGGCUGACCCAAAGGAUGCGACUUGUUACACAGGCAUGAAAUUUAGGAUUGGCUGCGCGGUCCUCUUCGCCCUCCCUUGUGUCUUAUUCGUUGUUUUCCUGAGUUUAUACCUGGCGAACCUGUAUUCGGAUCCGGCUCACCAGUUGAAGGAAUGCAAAGUGGAGUUGUACAACCAAACUUCCCAGAUGCGGGCCAGCCUCGGCUCCCUGGAGAAGCGCGUGGAAGAGACGGGGAGCGACCUGGAGAAGGCGAGGGUCGAAAGAGAUGGACUGCGAGCCGAACUGACGGCCGCUAACCGGAGCCUGGAGAAGACCAGGAAGGACUGGAGCUCCUGUCAGGAACAGCUGAAAAGCGUGGAAAAAAAUGCCACAUCCCAAGUGAAGGAAGCUGUCCAGCAAGAAAGGGAGAAAAACAAAGUUGCUGAAGAGGAGAUUCAACAGCUUAAGCAGCAACUCUCCAAAUUACAAGAGAUGAACAAGCAACAACAAAUGGAGAUUCAGCAUCUGAACGAUCAGCUUAUGAAACAUAAACCUGUUGAGCGCUCCAAGGGAGGCCUCCUCCUCGGGCCUUCGUUGGUCCUUCUCCCGCUUCUCCUUGCUAGUCUCCUCCUCUAGUCCAUUUGGACACUGCCAAGUUUGGGUGGAGGCAAGUGUCAACUCGCACCUUACUUCAUCUGCAUGCGGUUUUGGAGACUUCUGAGCUGCACCCUGUUGGGACAGGAACCUGAUUCGGAUGCCAGUCUUGGACAAUUAUCUACUGUGACGAUAACUGAAAUUUUGGCCACAGCAGUGGAGUUGUUAGAGCUUGUAUUACAUUGCACUGUUACACAGAACUUGGCAAAUAAAGUUCAAUUUUGAUU